GUUAUAUUUUUCGAUGUUCCCUCAUCUGGAAUUACAAAUUAGUACUCAAAAAGAUUUCAUUUAACAUUUGCUCCUUCUCUAUUCAUUUACGUUCUCUGGUUGGACCUUCUCUAUAUUUUACAUUCUUUGACGAGAAAAUUGUGGAAACGACCUGUUAGGUAACGAAUGUUUUGAACGGCAGCACUGUUUGGUGGGCACUACAUUUUUUAGACAAAAAAUUAAAGAACUACGUACGUGCAUAUGCGUUUUCUCAUUUCAAGUACAAUUUUGGUUUUACGGAAAAGCUUGCCUCGACCUCUGACCAAUAUUGCAAAAAUGUCUAGUGAGGUGGAGAAGGCACAAACAGCGGGCGCAGCCGAAGAUACUAUUUUUGGAAAAAUUUUGCGAAAGGAAAUUCCAUGCAAUUUCAUAUAUGAGGAUGAGAAGUGUGUAGCAUUUCAUGAUAUCAAUGCUCAGGCGCCUACACACUUUCUUGUAAUACCUAGGAAGCCCAUUGUUCAACUAUCUCAAGCAAGCGGAGAUGACAGUCAAUUACUAGGUCAUCUAAUGUUAGUAGGUGCAAAAGUAGCCAAAGAUCUAGGAUUAGACAAAGGCUACAGAGUUGUUAUAAACAACGGUCAACACGGAGCCCAGUCUGUUUAUCAUUUGCAUCUGCAUUUUCUCGGAGGACGUCAAAUGCAAUGGCCACCAGGUUAAGAUUUUCGAUAAAGAGUAAAGCACCUCAAUAAAAAAUAAAAAUAAAAAACAUUACCAAUGGACUAUUCUAUAUACCUUUUAUUUAGGAUAUAGCAAAAAACAUUUACAUAAAUAUUCAUACAA